UCUUUCUUCGCAUUCAAUCUUCAACUCAAUACUUCGGAGUUCGGAUACCUCCUCUGCAGUGUAAGCUUUCGCGCUCUGAAAUCUUUCUUUCGUCUUCAACUACCCAAAAGACCCUGUUGUUUGAUUCUCUUCUGUUAUUCGAUUAUUUUCUCGGGAGGCAAACAGAAUAAUCUGACUGUUUUUGUUUUCGAAGAUAAAGAGAUUUUACAGGAGCUCUCAAGUGGUUUGAGAAGGCUAUCUCAGUUUUGACAACAUGGCUGUUUCAUCUUCAUUUUCUACCUGUAUGCUCUACGGGCGCCCUUUUGGUUCGGAAUUAAUGAAUAGCAAUGAAGAUUUCAUGUGUAAUUAUUCAAGCCUCCAUGAUAAAGUUUCGUUUUGUUCGAGGUCAUUUUCUGUGUCUAGUGGCAUGAGAUGUUCAAGACUGGUUCAAAAUAGCAGGCUGAGGGACGGUAUCCAGUGUCGUGCAUUGGAGAUUGAAAAUAAGCAUUUGACUUCUUUGGUAGAGAAGUUUGAACUUGAUGAUGUGAUUGAAGCUCAACAGUUUGAUAGAGAUAUUCUCAGUGCCAUAUUUGAAGUUGCACGCGAAAUGGAGAAGAUUGAAAAGAAUUCUCCUGGAAGUCGAAUUCUUCAGGGUUUUCUAAUGGCUACCCUAUUUUAUGAGCCCUCUACUCGUACUAGGCUUUCAUUUGAGUCUGCCAUGAAACGACUGGGUGGGGAAGUUUUGACUACUGAGAAUGCUAAAGAAUUUUCAUCAGCAGCAAAAGGGGAGACGCUUGAAGAUACCAUAAGAACUGUUGAGGGGUAUUCAGACAUAAUAGUUAUGAGGCAUUUUGAAAGUGGUGCUGCUAGAAGAGCAGCAGCAAUAGCUGGAAUUCCCAUUAUUAAUGCAGGGGAUGGUCCCGGACAACAUCCAACUCAGGCUCUUUUGGAUGUAUAUACGAUUGAAAGGGAGAUAGGGAAACUUGAUGGCAUCACAGUUGGCCUUGUGGGGGAUCUUGCAAAUGGAAGGACUGUCCGGUCCCUCGCUUACUUACUUGCCAAGUACCGAGAUCUGAAAAUAUACUUUGUUUCUCCUGAUGUUGUGAAAAUGAAGGAAGAUAUAAAGGACUAUCUCACAUCAAAGGGAGUAGAAUGGGAAGAAAGCGCUGACCUUAUGGAGGUGGCUUCUAAAUGUGAUGUGGUGUAUCAAACACGCAUUCAGCGAGAACGGUUUGGAGAAAGGGUUGACCUUUAUGAAGAAGCUCGAGGCAAGUACAUUGUGGAUAUGAAUGUUUUGAAUGUCAUGCAGAAGCAUGCUGUGGUGAUGCACCCCCUACCUAGGCUUGAUGAGAUUAGUGUGGAUGUUGAUUCAGAUCCAAGAGCUGCCUAUUUCAGACAAGCGAAAAAUGGUCUCUAUAUCCGAAUGGCCCUUCUAAAACUCCUACUUGUUGGGUGGUAAUGAGACCGUAUUAGUCGAAUUUUCAGAUUUUGGCACUUAUCUGCUUGCUUUGUUCUGGCUAGUUAGUUAACAAGUUUAUAAUAAGCCAGAACUGCAAGAUUGAUGUGGAAAUUUUGAACUCCUCGGAAUUCUCUAUUUUUUUUGUCUUCAAGGAGAGUUUUCUUUAAAGCCAGUGAAUGAAAGCCAUUUUUCCUUGUAACAGUGAAGAGAAUAGCAUGUCCAUUGCUCUUGAAGAACUAUAUGUGUUGUGCACGUUCAUAGAGAAUAGCAUGUCCAUUGCUCUUGAAGAA